AUGAAAAUGCUAUAAUCAUAUAGUUCCACAAAUGGCUUUAGAUUUCUGAUGAAAAUAUAACAAAUAGUUCCUGCUCCAGGAACUAGUCACUCAAUCAUCGACAUCUUUUAAUAAUAUCAACAUUAUUUAACUUUUAUCUUUAUUGCUAGCAUUGCAAAUUUUAGUACGCCUUCAUUCACUAUACUUAUUUUCAUUAUCUGCUUUUUUUUAAUAUGCUGCCGCACUUAAGUCAGUAGAGAAAGAUAUCUUAGCUUCUUAUCAUUUGCUAAUCCUUAUGCAAUAAUUAUAUCAAUCUAUCAUAAAGAAGAAUAUAAUCCGAGCUUGUAUGAAAGUUGCUUUAAAAAUAAAAAUUUUCUAUUAUAUCUAGUUGGUUUAUAUUCAUUAGGGUUUUGUGUCUUAAAUUUGGGUGGGAUUGGGCUACAGUGCCGUGAAAUUUACUUAAAUUAGCAUAAUUUGUCUAAAUUCUAUGAUUUACAUAGUUAAUUAGUUAUAUAAAUCGAAAAAGAUGCUAAGGAAAGUAGUCAUAAAAAUAAUUGUAAAAUUAAUCCUCUCGAUGAUAAACCAAAUCCAUAAUACAUAUUUAGCCCUUACUGUGAAGUCACAGCAGAAUAGUUUCUAGAAAGCUUAGAGCAAGACAAAAAAUUUUAUGAUGGUUAUGUUCUGCAGAAUGAUUUUACAACAAAAAAUGUUAUAUGCGUAAUUGUUCUAUUUUCUUAUGGUAUAUAUUCAGGAUUAACAACGGUUUACAGUCUUAUAACAAAAAAUCUUUGCGGCUCAUGCGUGGUUGGUUAUCAUACCUUUGAAAAUGGCUAAUACAUUCCUUAUACUGUUUAUGCGAGAAGGAAGCAAAUAGUGCCAAUCUGUUAGGAAGAAAUAAUUUGA